UAAUUUGGCCAAUUUUACUAGUUUUUGUUUCUUAUCUUUUUUAAGCACCUCUACUGAUACGCCAACAUUUUAUGAAGAACACAGUGCGAGUCGGGGUUUUACCACAUAUAAAACAACUUUUCUUAAAUCUGUGUCUUUUACAGUAUCAUCAUCAUCAUGGGAUGUCAUCUUCGAAUUGAAGUUCAAUUUUUUUUUUAAUUUUACAGUAUAUAAUUUUAAAUAAACUCCAAUGCAUCGUGUGUCCACUGUACGUUUGCACAAUGAUCAAAACACUGGCCUUAAACAAAAAUCCUCGACGAAAAAAAAGCAAAUUUUGACGUGCCGCGUCAAAACGGUUGUCAAAAUCUCGCCCUCCCAGAUGGAGUAACCCUGGAAUGAAUCGUGAUUUCGUGUUCAACCACAACCAGGAUCGGCCGAGUUCUUGGUCAAGGGCCGGGAGCACCCUCAACCGAUGGCUGUGGGGCGCCCUAUGCUGCGGGGUCCCCGGGAUUCCUUGUUAUUUCUGUAACUGUUGCGAACGCCUGGACGACACCACUGUUGAGAGGGACCGGUCCAGAAUCAAUCAAUCAACAGCAACAGCUGAGCGCAGUGCGCGCCCCCACCGGCCCCACGCGCCCUGCGGCCGAAAAUCCACCCCUGAAAUGUUGUCAGCGGUCAGAUGUGCCCUUUCCCAACUUCAGGGGGAACCAGCCCCUCCUCUCCCCGUCUCCUCUGUGGAGAAAAGGCACAUGCCUGAACCAGGUUGAUCUACAGACCAUUCCAAUAGCUUUUACGAAUACAUUUAGAUAUUACCCGUCUAAAAGGGGCGUCAUAUUACUGAUGCCCUGGAUAUUGUACCCAUAAUUCAGUAAUUGUUAUAUUGUGUAAUUGCUGUUUUAUGAUGGAUUUUUGCAGUACUCAAUUUAAUGACAAACUGGUCGAUUUUUAUCGAAAAUCCUUAUUUAAUGAUGAUUAAUCAUGUAAUUUAAAAUACGGAAAUUGGUUUACUAUUUGUGAAAGUCUUAGUGGUCUUAGUUAACUGUAUAAAAGUUUUCGCCAUCUGAACACAAUAUUUUUAUGUUACUUUGACCACAAUAAAGAUGGACUUACUCUCGGACACGAACUAGGUAGAAAUGUUUUUACCUGUCGUAAAUCCAAAUAUACGACUAUCCGAUGCAGCAAAAAAAGAAUCAGACUCAGAGACGUUGUAUUAAAAAAAAUCGCAACUAAUAGUAUUGGCAAAUCAUAAAAGACGCUUUUCUCUUUUAUGUUAUAGCUGUGAACGUAAAAGUAAGGAUAAAGUAGCAGCGCCCUUUUGUUAAACCCACCACAUGAUGAUAUUGUAAACGUAGUCGAGUCAUUUAAAAUUAUUAUGAUCAUCUUUUACGAUGUUUAAGUUUGAGACGUAAGUAUCUAUUGAAAAAAUAGAAUUUCUGAAGGUUUAGCAUAAAUAAAAUAACAAAUAUCCCAAUAACAAUUUAUAGAACUGAAAUAUUAUUGGUAUUCUCAAAGCUAUCGACCACAUAGUGUGUUACAUGCAGUAGAUCGCGAAGAGGGGUGGAUAUACCUACGUAUAUUUUAAAAUGUUAAUAAGCAUUGUACAGUGUUUGUAUUUUACAUAAUAUAUUGAGUUGUGUAUAUUUUUUAGAUUUUAUGUUUAAUAAAUAGUUAUUCAUUAUCUAAUGGGCUUUCUUGAAUUUGUUGAAACGGAUCCCUAUUAGAGAUGGUUUACCUACACCCAGUAAAUUGACUACAGUCAAUUUCUCGCUAAAGAGUCCGGCGCACCCAACGAAU